GUCCGCAUGUGCUCAUAGUUUGUUCUCAAACAGAACUAUCUAGACCAGAAUCCCAAGUGUGUACUGAGCCCUACCCGCUUUAUUGCAUGUACACCAUUCUCAAACUUUGCACGACGCAGUGUGACGUCAGAACCUUCAAAGCCAGAUGACCAUUAUCUCUCGUUGUUCUCUUCAUCUAACUAGCCAACAUAACUAUCUACCUACAAUGAUUUAUCAUCAAACAAUGUCAAAAUAUCGCUGCAUCGGUGCAGGGUUCUGCGGCACAGUCUGGGCCCUGUCAGAAGAUGAUGGCUUAGCCCUCAAGCGAGAAGAUGGUGGGCCAGACAGAUCACUGGCAAACGACUACACCAUGCACCAACGAGUUUUGCACUGCUUCUCCAAGCUAUCGGACCUCAAACGCCAGAACAUCACCGAGUCUCUGAAAACUGAUACUCGAGUGAAGAAAUCACCCCAAGUGCAAGUUCCAAAAUGUUAUCGAUACCUGACAACAGAGGAUGCAUGGUGGAACGAUAAUCUCCCUAUGUUUCCUGCGAAAUAUUCUCCCUGCAACGUCAUAGUCUCACAACGUAUCCCGCCGUUUCCCCAAGAAGUCAGACAGCUUCUAGUCGAGAGAUAUUGUCAUCCAAAGAUACAAGCGGAGAUAUCAAGGAGUGAGGCCAACACUGACUGCCUUAUAAGACCGUACCUGGGUAGGAGACGGACGCAGAAAACCGAGGUCAAGCGUCCACCCAGGUUUACCGCGUUCUCGCUACGAAAUUAUCCAUUGCAUGAAGAUCAAAUGGAGGAUCUCGGUAUUUCCCGUUGUAAUAUGGAGUGGUACGCUAGGAUGAUGGGAGAAGCACUCGCUACUCUACACUGGCUUGGGGAGAUGGACGGAAACGAUAUCGAGUUUGUUCUGGCACCUUCACCUUGCCGCGAGGGACAGCACCAGAACUCAAUCACAAAUGUUCUUGGCGAACAUACCUUAUGGAUACUGGAUUUUGACCUAUGCCGGCCUAUGCCCAUGAGCCUUGGCGGGGUCCGACAGGCCGUUACUGCCUACUGGCGAAAUGAUCCAUUCUAUCCCCGACCACGGUCAAGCUUGUGGGACGACUUUCGAAGACAAUAUCUGCAAGCGAGUGAAGACAUAAUAGCUGCGAAUUGCCCCACAGGCUUUAAAGAGCGGCUUGAUCUGGCUCAUUUAUUUGUUCAAACGAUCGAGGAGGGAAAGUAGAAUCUCGGACAUUGACUCCUCGCUUCUACAGUGAAUGUCCCGGGUGUACGAUUCACUGCACCUUUUUAAUGAUUGCUUUGUUUAGCCAGUACUCAACAAGAAUUUUCCCGUGUUACCUUUCUCCAAGCUCUUCUCUCCACACACACAUGAAUCUCUCGCAUAAAUUCCUCAUACUAUCUCUAGCUAUUGAUAACAAAAACAAGAAUCUUGCAAGCCC